CAUUGGGAGAAACUGCAUAUGGAGAUCCGAGUAUAACCUCUUCAUAUAACGUAGACAUACACCAAGAUGUCAUUAUUCUGCAGUCUGGAAUAUCGCUAAAUUUCGAACAAUUAAAUUUCCCAUUGGGUCUUAAAUAUAUAAAAAAAUUUGAAAUGAACAACCCUGAGAUCAGCGUAAAUGUUUUCGGUUAUGAAAACAAGUCGGUCGUUGGUCCAUAUUACUUAACAAAGGAGACGAAAAGCAAUCACAUUAAUUUAAUAUUGCUGCACAAUGAAGAAAAUUUUCAUUACAUUUUGGUUAUGGAUAUGUCUUGUCUUAUGCGGUCUCAAUUCACAAGUCAUAAGGAGAAAGGUUAUUUUUGUUUUGGAUGCCUGCAAUGUUUCCACGAUGAAAAUAAAUGUAUGACUCACAAAAAGCAGUGUGGAAAAGUAGUCUGUGCCCUGCCGAACAAAAAAGAAGCCGUACUGAAGUUCGUCAAUCACAAGAAAAAGGAUAAGGUGCCUUUCGUUAUUUAUGCUGACUCCGAAAGUGUACUGGAAGACGUGCAGGAAGAUGAGAACAAUGGGGCGAGUAAAAAAACGGAAAAGGUAAAGAAGCAUAUUCCAUGUGCUUUUAGUUAUUUUAUUAAAUGUAGUUUUAGUGAAAAUUUAAAUAAGUUAUUUAUAUAUAGUGGACCCGACGCAGCAAAUGUUUUUCUGAAAGAACUAAUUCAGGAUUGUAAAUUUUUGUAUGAUAGUUACCUAACCAAAACGAAACCUAUGAAUACUCUAACACCCGAAGAAGAGACAGCCUUUCUUAGGGAUAUAAAUUGUCGUAUAUGUGGCGAUAUUUUAGGUAACGAUAGGGUGAAAGAUCAUUGUCACUUAACGGGGCAAUAUCGAGGUGCGGUACAUAACCAUUGCAAUCUGCAAUAUCAUCUACCUAAAUUUAUUCCAAUAUAUUUCCACAAUUUUUCUUCGUACGACUGUCACCUCUUCUUUAAAGAAUUAGUUGAAUUUGGAGGUGAAAUAAGAGUCAUACCUCAAAACAAAGAAAAAUAUAUUUCAAUGUCUUAUUUCAUUAAUAUGGAUAACGAGUCAACCGACUCUAGUUCUUUAAAAAGUACAGUUGUUGUAGGAGAAGAAGAAGAUUCGAGUGAGGAAGAUGAUGAGGAAUUCCAGCAAGAAGAGGAAAGUGAGGGCAAAAAAGAGAAGAAAAAGAAAAUGAAUAGAUUAGAGCAUCGUUUCUUAGAUAGUUUUCGAUUUAUGCCUACUAGUUUGGAUAAAUUAGCAAGGAAUUUAUCUCGAGAUUCUUUUGUUGCUGUCAGAUCUCAUUUUCCUGAUGAUGAAGCAUUCGAACUUAUGACUAGGAAAGGAGUAUUUCCCUACGAAUAUAUUUCAUCAUUUGAAAAAUUGAAGGAGAAACAACUUCCCCCUAUAGACCAAUUUUAUAAUAAGUUGACAGAUACUGAAUGCUCGUCAGACGAUUAUAGGCAUGCAACAAAUGUUUGGUCACAUUUUCGAUGUCAAACUAUGCAAGACUACAUGGAUUUGUAUUUAAAAGCUGAUGUCUUGCUUUUAGCAGACGUAUUUGAAAAUUUCAGGAGCUUAUGUAUGCGAAUUCACGAACUGGACCCUUGUCAAUAUCUCACAGCACCAUCUCUAUCUUGGGAUGCAAUGCUACUAUGUACUAAAGUCGAACUUGAGCUACUCAGAGAUAUAGACAUGUACAAUUUCUGCAAAAAUGGUAUUCGGGGAGGGCUUACCCAGUGCUCAAACAGACACUCGGUAGCAAAUAAUGAAGAUGCUCCCAAUUAUAAUAGUGCCAAACCAGAGGUAAAUAUCUAUUAUUUGGAUGUAAAUAAUUUAUAUGGUACAGUUAUGACUGAGUGUCUCCCUGAAAAAGAUUUUAGAUGGGUGGAGGGUUAUGAAAUGGAGAAAUUCAAUGAUCCAGCUGUAAUAUUAUCUAUUCCUGACAACGCUCCUACUGGUUUUAUUUUAGAGGUUGAUAUUGAAUAUCCACCGCACCUUCACGACAAACAUAACGAUUUACCUUUUUUGGCGGAGAAAAAGUGUGUUGAGGGCUCAAAAACUGAAAAACUGAUUGCAGAUUUUACUGACAAAACAUCAUACACCAUACACUACAAAUUACUUAAGCAAUCUCUGAAACAUGGACUAAUUCUUAAGAAAGUCCAUAGAGUUUUGGCUUUCACACAAAGCGCUUGGUUAGCUCCUUACAUACUGAAGAAUAAUGAACAUAGGGAAAAGGCUGAAAAUGCCUUUGAAAAAGAUUUUUUUAAAUUAUUGAAUAACUCUUCAUUCGGUAAGACAAUGGAGAAUAUCGACAAAAGAAAAACUGUGAAAAUUGUGACAAUGUGGGUAGAUGAGGCAAACCAAAGAAGAAGGAAUGUUGCUAGUAAAUUAAUCUCGAAGCCAAAUUUUCACAGCCUUUCGAUAUUCUCCGAAAAUAUGGUUGCUAUUCAAAUUAGGAAUGUCAGAGUAAAAUAUGAUAGACCAUUGUACUUAGGGUUCUGCAUAUUAGAUUUAUCAAAGUGGGUGAUGUAUGAUUUUCUGUAUGAUUUUCUAAAAGUGAAAUUUGGUGAGGAUUUUAUUCUAAAUUAUAUGGAUACAGAUUCGUUCAUAUUAACAUUUUACGGACGGAAUUUGUAUUCCGAAUUAUCUUUAGAUGAAAUAUUGGCUAGAUUUGACACCUCAGGGUUUUCAAAAGAAAAUAAAUAUAAACUUCCUCUAAUUAAUAAGAAAAAACUUGGCAUGAUGAAAGAUGAGAAUGACGGAAAAACAAUGGUUGAAUUUGUAGGCCUUCGUCCUAAAAUGUAUGCCAUCAAUGUAGUUGAUAGCGAAGAAGUAAAAAAAUCUAAGGGAGUUAAAAAGUCGGUCCUAAAAAAGUAUACUAUAGAUAAAUAUCGAGAAUGUCUUUAUAACAAAAAGGUUUUUUACGGUACCAUGUUUUCGUUUAGGUCAAGACAGCAUACAAUAUAUACAGACAAAAUUACUAAAAUAUCGCUAAGCCAUCAAGAUGAUAAACGAUUUAUUCUAGAGGAUGGUAUUCACACCUAUGCUUGGGGCCACUAUAGAUUAAAUAACCUUCAUGAAACAAAUGUAAAUAACUCAAAUGAAUCUGUCUCAAUGGACUUGGAUUAAAAUAUAAAUUUAAUUAUGAUUUAAGUUUCAAUAUAUAGAUAAAAGAGCAUAGUAAUAAUAUUAAUUUAAUUGUCUUUACUCACUAUAAAUGUCAUCAUAUUAAUAUUUUCUCGCAA